CAGCGGCAGCCAUCCCAAGUUCUGACUGGACGUGCUUGGCAAGAUGGAGCCGCCGACCUCCUCCAGGCUGAAUUCCCGAAAGAGAAGAAAAGAUGGAUCUGGCCCCAAUGGGGCCGCAGAGCUGGAUGGAAUCCCUCCAAAAAUGUCCCGACGCUCAUUCGGACUGAGGGAGCCGGCUCCGUUUUCAGAUGAAGUGGAAAUCGAUUACAGCAAGCCAUACAUCAGAGUAACAUAUGAAGAAGCGAUGAGAGGGACUCCUUUGGAUCGCCCCGUCAGAGUUUAUGCGGAUGGAAUAUUUGACUUGUUUCACUCUGGACAUGCCCGGGCCUUGAUGCAAGCAAAGAACCUCUUCCCAAACACAUACCUCAUUGUUGGAGUCUGCAGCGAUGAGCUAACCCACAACUUCAAGGGCUUCACGGUGAUGAAUGAAAACGAGCGGUACGACGCCGUGCAGCACUGUCGCUACGUGGACGAAGUGGUGAGAAACGCCCCGUGGACGCUCACCCCCGAGUUCCUGGCAGAGCACAGGAUCGACUUUGUUGCGCACGAUGACAUCCCCUAUUCCUCUGCUGGCAGUGAUGAUGUUUAUAAGCAUAUAAAAGAAGCAGGCAUGUUUGCGCCGACGCAGAGGACUGAAGGGAUCUCAACGUCAGAUAUCAUCACCCGCAUCGUGCGGGACUAUGAUGUGUACGCCAGACGGAACCUGCAGCGGGGCUACACUGCUAAGGAGCUCAACGUCAGCUUCAUAAACGAGAAGAAAUAUCACCUCCAGGAGCGUGUGGAUAAGGUGAAAAAGAGGGUGAAGGAUGUAGAGGAGAAGUCAAAGGAAUUUGUCCAGAAAGUGGAGGAGAAGAGUAUUGAUCUCAUUCAGAAGUGGGAAGAGAAGUCCCGGGAGUUCAUCGGCAAUUUCCUGGAGAUGUUUGGCCCAGAAGGUGCAUUGAAACACAUGCUGAAGGAGGGCAAGGGCCGGAUGCUGCAGGCCAUCAGCCCAAAGCAGAGUCCCAGCAGUAGCCCCACGCACGACCGCUCCCCGUCUCCAUCCUUCCGCUGGCCCUUUUCAACCAAGACUCCUCCUUCCUCACCGGCCAACCGCUCCAGGAACGAGUCUGCAGUCACCUACGACAUCAGUGAGGAUGAAGAGGAUUAAGCUACCCGCCGGGAUUUGCUGCGAACCACUAAUCGCCGAAUCCUAAGUCCGGACCCACUGGGGAACUCUAAAUGUGCAAGAGAGCCAUAGGAACAGGGCUGACGGUGAGCACAGGGCCUUGGAGGCACCCGUUGCUCUUAGCAAGGGCUGCUGCCUGGAAGCACAUUCAAACCUCCUCUCCCUUCUCCUCCCCAAAUCCCCUUUUUAUUGUUUACGUUCUAGUGGUUUCCAGGGGGAAGAUGGUUUUUAUAUUUUAAGAAAAUACUCUUUUAAAGCGCAAAGAAUAGCACUCAAGCGUGGCUUUUGUUUUGGUUUCUCUUCCUCUGUAAAACCUCCAGGCAAGAGGGAAAGUGGGAGGACCCAUCUGUCCCUUCUUUCCUUCAGCUCCCCUGUCUUACUCCCCCACGAGCCCAGGCAGUAUCCGUGCUGCUGCCAAACGAAAGGCCCCUCGGUUCCUCAACGAGCACGACCUCGAAGAGCACACAGGGAGCGGUGGUGUAAAGAAGCUUCUAGGAAAUAGAGACUUCUCUGCUGCCCUGGAGCCAAUAGGAAUCCUGUCCAGCAGACCCUGUAGUGCUUGCACGUCUCUUAUCUGAGCUUCCCGGUGUGUGGCAGUGAGGACAUGCUGGGGAGGGGGCUGCCAGCUUGGCACGCAGGAGUUGCACCCUGGAAGAAGUCACGGCACCAUAGAGUCGCACUCCCCAUAAGCAUGUGGCAUUCACAGCUCCAAAUGGGUACGGGGGCAGCAGGGGAAAGGCCUUUCCAGUUAAUCUUAACAAGGCUGCUAAAUCUUGAGCUAAAAUUCAGCCCUCAGUUGCUGUUGGAGAGAAGAGAAUUAAUCUUUGCUUCGGGGCACUUGCUCUCUGUACAUUUCCUUGGGUGCGUGAGAGCCCAGGUAGGAAAUGAAUGUGUGUACUCCUUGGAGAAGUUCCUUGUCCCGGUCUCUGGUGUGUACUAAGUCUUGCUGUCUGUCCAAAUGGCUCCUCAACACUGUGCUCUGUGUGUCCUUGUCUGUGUUUCAGUUGCUGUGCUCUAGGGACUGGAGCAGUCUUUUACACUGGUGCCGUGAAGUCGCUGCUAUAAAGACAAAACAUGAAUUUGUGUACAGCUGGUUUUGCUGUCCGGGUUGGUGUGUGCAGCUGGACAGAUGAAGGGCAUGUUUUACCCCAGUGAAGGGUCCCGGUCCCGUGUGACAGUUUCCUGCUUUGCGUGCUCAAUGCACAGAUCUGUGCCCGCUUACUCUGCUCCUUGAGGUGGGCGAGAGAGCAUCAGAGAGCACUGCAGCUUUUUGAGAUUUUUAAACGUGUAAUCUGCUCGUUUGAAACCAUGGUCCAAGUCGUGCCUGUUGUUGUGUGUGUAAUGAGCACUGAGCUUUGUGGCCCGCGGCUCCCCGCGGGCAGUUGCCCUCCCCAUGCUGCAUGCCCGUGUACAGAGCAGGUCGGUGCGAAGCUCCCACUUGCUUUUCUGUUUGGGUUUGGCUGUGAUAUCCGUUGUCUCUGGAUGGAGCUGCUGGGCUGAGUUGCCUGUAUUGUCCUGCUGUGCUGGGAGCAGCUCGGAGCCUGGUCAGCCAUACUGCAGGGAGGUCUCCAGAGCAGGAUGCAGGACCUGGCGAGCAGCACGUGUAAGGAGGCUUCCAGGAGACACGGGAGCCCUGUGAUAGGAGCAGGCUGCUGCUUCUUUCCAGCUUUUAUCUUGCUGAUGCUUUGUCAUGCUGCCUUAAGGGCUUGACAGAGGCUCUGUGCUUCUGUUGAGGCCAGAGCUGGUAUGGGAAAAGGUAUUUUGGGGAUUCCUCAUCUGCCACUUGGACCUCUCUCAGCAGGGACCCGCACGGCUCUGGGAGUGUGGCUGGCUGCUGUGGAUUUAAGCUGUAAGGUGCACAUAACGGUCACUUGGAACAAGCCAGUUGUUGAUCCCUGGUUUAUGAGUGGUAGAGCACUUAACUUUGUAUCCCCCACAUUCUCUCUUCCCUCAUCCUCCCCACCUUCCCUUCCUCACCCCUCCCUCAGUAUGGGUGUUGCGUUGCUUUCCCGAGCCGGAUCACAAAGGUCAGGCUGCUUUAGAGCCUUACUACUGUUUUAAACACAAGUUAUGCAACAGUGUUCUGUAAUUUUGGAUUACAAUGGUGUUUUGGAUGGUGGUUUGUUCUACGGAGACCUUAACAUAUUUCUUGAUCUCCCUGCAAAACCUGGGGUGCUUGGUAAGAAGCCAGCCAUGGUUUUACAUGUAGCUUGGAAUAACAGAGCUGUUAUUAUUAUUGUAACCAAUAAUCCCUGCUUCCUCCUUGCACUUAAAUUAAAAUGGACACUCAAAUCCCA